UGACUACGACAUUGACUCCAAAGCUACCUUCUAACGGAAUUGGAACUUAAUUGCCUGUAUAGUCAAAGUUCCUUUACAUGACAGAACAAAUCAUUACUCCAACAUUAAUUUUCUUCAAAAGGUUGUUUACUCACAUUGUACAUCAUUAAAUGUGUGGUGUUAGAGCAUGAACAGUUCAAAUCUGGAACAUGAGGUCUUCCUGAGAAACCUGGAGGAUUGAAGACUCACUAAUGGCAGCAAUGAUAAAAACAUAAGUGCAAAGAUCCAUGGCAAAAAUAAGCACUUAAAGCCAUGUCACUGCCUCCCAGAAGAGCAACAACAGUGUCAGAUGAUACAGGAAAUCGACUUCGGUUCCAGCUGGAGUUAGAGUUUGUUCAAUGUCUGGCAAAUCCGAAUUACCUCAACUUUCUUGCGCAAAGAGGCUACUUCAAAGACAAAGCUUUUGUAAAUUACCUUAAAUACUUACUUUAUUGGAAAGAACCUGAAUAUGCAAAAUACCUGAAGUAUCCUCAAUGUUUGCAUAUGUUAGAGCUGCUCCAGUAUGAACAUUUCCGCAAAGAACUAGUAAAUGCUCAGUGUGCUAAAUUUAUUGAUGAGCAACAAAUUCUUCACUGGCAGCACUAUUCACGGAAAAGAAUGCGCCUCCAGCAAGCACUUGCAGAGCAGCAGCAACAGAACAACACCUCUGUAAAAUGAAAAACACUUGGAAGAGUGAUGAUAAGGUGUACUUUCUGUCAGUUGAAGUAUUUACAAGAGAGAAAUGAACCCUUUUGUACAUUGGGCUCUAUGUGUGUGUACAUUUAAUUUUUGAUUUAUCAAGUGACUGGGGUUUUUUUUUCUUUCAUCAACUUUUUUAAAGAUAGAAGACUGAUAAACACCUACUUCUGCCAUUUAUUUUUUAGCAUGGACAAUUUUGUAAGAGCAUUACUUACUGUAGUUAUUGAUUCCUCUUGAUUUUGAAAACAAAGCAUAGAUUUGAGGGCACUGGUAUUUCUGUAUCUAACACAAAGUGUAGCUCAGAAGCCUGUUCAUUGGAGGCAUUCUUUCUGGAGAAUAAUGAUAUGUCUCAAAGCGUGGCUAAGAACUCCCACAGGUACUACUUUUUACAACUGCAGGAUGAGCAAAGUUGAAGUGAUUAUAUUGUACAGAAUCUAAAUUGUGGAUUUUUGCCUUGAAACUGAGCUGAGCUAUUACUUGUCAUUUCUGUUUACCUGGUAAUUAUUGCUGAGGGCCUUAGAGAGUUUUCCUUACAGCAUGAUUUAAAGAUAGAAAUCAAAGUGUGACAAGACAAGGACUGCAGGAGUGGAGCAGAGAUAAGUAAUAAUAAACUUUGCAGAUACUAAACAGAA